UAUCUAACUAAUUUCUAUCUGAGAGAAUUCACUGGGUUAUUUUUAUGUACAAGACUAUAUUCAACUGUGAAAUAAACAGUCCCUGUGAGUGUUUGAAUGAAUGAUUGGACUGAGAGGAGAUACUUACAACUUACUCUAGUGAUCUCAGAAAGUCCCUGGGAAGGUUUGCUUCUCUGAAGUAAGAUGAGUUGGCAAAAAUUCUUUGCAGCUUUGUUGCAUUUGGAGUUUAUUUAUGUGAUAACUGCACUUAACCUGCCAUAUCCUAUUACUCCCUGGAGAUUUAAGUUGUCUUGCAUGCCACCAAAUACAACUCGUGACUUCCUCUUGCACACUGGGCUGUCAAAGAACACUUCAAGUGUGGAUGAAAAUUAUGAGGCUGGUGUCGAAGCUAAACUUAACUCAAGUGCUGCCUACUUUUCUAACUUACCAUCCAAAACUACUUUCCAUUGUUGCUUUUGGAGUGAGCAAGAGAAAAGAUGCUCUAAUCCUGCAGACGAGAAGACACUUGUUUCAAGUGUAAAUUCUUUAGUAUCCCAGCAAACAGGUGCAAACUGGAACAUACAGUACUGGAUGAAAGAGGACUUGAAGUUAUUUAUCUGUUAUGUAGAGCCAUCACUUGAGAAUUCCUUCAAGACUUCUGAUCUUAAUGUUCAUCUUUUAUAUGUUCUGUCUGAGGUGUUAGAAGAUUUAUCUCUGCUCCCCGAGAAGGACAGUUUUAGGAAUGUGAAGUGCAACUGCAGUGCCCACGAGUGUUGUCAAUGUCAUGUGCCUGUGUUACCGUCCAAACUCAACUGUACUUACUUCAUGUUUUUGGAAAUCUCAUCUGGUGGAGCCAUUUUUCAGUCACCUCUAAUGACAGUUCAGCCCAUAAGUAUCAUCAAGCCUGAUCCACCAUUAGGUUUACAUAUGGAAAUCACAGACAAUGGCAAUUUAAAGAUAUCUUGGUCCAGCCCAACUCCAGUGCCAUUUCAACUUCAAUAUCAAGUGAAAUAUUCUGAGAAUUCUACAACAAAUGUGAAAGAAGUGGCAGAGAUGGUCUCUGCUACGUCCCUGCUAAUAGACAGCGUGCUUCCUGGGUCUUCCUAUGAGGCUCAGGUGCGGGCCAGGAGGCUGGAUGGCCCAGGGAUCUGGAGUGACUGGAGCAGCCCUUACAUCUUCACCACCCACGAUGUCAUAUACUUUCCACCUAAAAUUCUCACGAGCACUGGAUCUAAUGCUUCUUUUCACUGCAUCUAUAAAAAUGAAAACGAGAUUGUUUCUUCCAAAAAGAUUGUUUGGUGGAUGAAUUUGGCUGAGAAAAUUCCUCGAAGCCAGUAUAAUGUUAUGAAUGACCGUGUUAGCAAAGUUACUCUUCCCAAUUUGAAUGCAACCAAACCUCGAGGCCAGUUCACCUACAAUGCAGUGUACUGCUGCCGCGAGCGCGAGUGCCACCACCGCUAUGCGGAGUUAUAUGUGAUUGAUGUCAAUAUCAAUAUAUCAUGUGAAACUGAUGGGUACUUAACUAAAAUGACUUGCAGAUGGUCAACCAAUACAAUCCAAUCACUUUUGGGAAGUACUUUGCAGUUGAGGUAUUAUAGGAGCGGCCUUUACUGUUCUGAUCGCCCAGCAAUUCAUCCCACAUACGAAUCCAAAGAUUGCCACUUGCAGAGAGAUGGCUUUUAUGAAUGUGUAUUUCAACCGAUCUUUCUAUUAUCCGGCUACACAAUGUGGAUUAGGAUCAGUCAUUCUUUCGGUUCCCUUGACUCUCCGCCGACAUGUGUGGUCCCUGAUUCUGUGGUGAAACCCCAGCCUCCAUCCAGUGUGAAAGCAGAAAUCACUGUACACGUUGGCUUAUUAAAAGUCUCUUGGGAAAAGCCUUUCUUUCCAGAGAACAAUCUUCAGUUCCAGAUUCGCUAUGGUUUAAGAGGAAAAGAAGUGCACUGGAAGAUGUAUGAGGUAUAUGACUCAAAAUCAAGAUCUGCCAGCUUUGUGGUGUCAGACCUGUGUGCAGUCUACGCUGCGCAGGUGCGCUGUAAGAGGCUGGAUGGAAAAGGAUAUUGGAGUGAUUGGAGUAAUCCAGCCUACACAGUUGUCACAGACAUAAAAGUCCCAAUCAGAGGACCUGAAUUUUGGGGAAUAACUAAUGAGGAUGCCCUUAAAAAAGAGAGAAAUGUCACCUUGCUUUGGAAGCCCCUGAUGAAAAAUGACUCACUGUGCAGCGUGAGAAAGUAUGUGCUGAAGCACCACACUGCCCGCAAUGGAACAUGGUCAGAAGAUCUGAGGAACGACACUAAAUUCACUUUCCCUUGGACAGAGCAAGCACACACUGUCACAAUUUUGGCUAUCAAUUCAAUUGGUGUCUCAUUUAUGAAUUUUAAUAUGACCUUCUCAAGGACUAUGAGCAAAGUAAAUACCGUGCAGUUGCUCCGUGCUUACCCCUUGAACAGCAGCUGUGUGAUUCUUUCCUGGAUGCUGUUACCCGGUGACUACAAGCUCAUGUAUUUUAUCCUGGAGUGGAAAAGUCUUAAUGAAGACAAUGAGAUUAAAUGGACUAGAAUCCCUUCAGCUGCUAACAAGUACUAUAUACAUGGUCAUUUCAUCCCCAUUGAGAAUUAUCAGUUCAGUCUUUACCCAAUAUUUAUGGAAGGAGUGGGAAAACCGAAGAUAAUUCAGAUUUUUACCCAAGAUGAUAUUGAUAAACACCAGAAUGAUGCAGGUCUAUAUGUAAUUGUGCCAAUAAUUAUUUCCGCUUCAGUCUUACUUCUUGGGACAUUGUUAAUAUCACAUCAAAGAAUGAAGAAGCUGUUUUGGGAAGAUGUUCCAAACCCCAAGAAUUGUUCCUGGGCACAAGGACUUAAUUUUAAGAAGAGAACGGACAUUCUUUGAAGUCUAAUCAUGACCACUACAGACGAACCCAAAUGUGUCAACUUCCCAACUGUAGAGUAUUAGAAGAUUUUUACCUUUUGAAGAAGGGGACCAAGUCUUAAGAAAGUUUUGCUGGAACUGUUGAGAACUAAAAUAGAGUGGGAUUAUCUUGACUUGGAACUUUAAAUAGAUGUAUAAAUUUAGCAUAAAAAUAUAGGUCUGGGUUCAGCUCUUUUUAGAUAUAUGAUUACUUUUCAAGUCAUUUAAAAUUUAAAGAAGUAAUAGGAUCUUAUGACUUGAGGGUUAGCAGUUUUGGGCUCAUAAAACAUUGAAAACAUGACUGUUGGUGUCAUGGCAUAUCUUUUAGAUAUUAUCAAGUAGCUAGUAGGUGACCUCUCAAGAGGGAACCCCAGAACUGCUGACACAUAACUUUGCAAAUAUAAUAACUUUUAGCACCAGAGUACAAUGGAACUAUUUCAUUUAUACAUCUUUAUGUCUAAGUUUUCUACCUUACAUUCUUUAUAGAUACUAAAUGGAUCCAUUUGGAUAUUCUUUUGCAUGUUUUGUAGCUUUUAUUUUCAUUUAACUUUGGUCAAUUUGAGAAUUUCAAUGUUCAUUAGCUUUGAAAAUGGCUUAAGCACUAAUUUCCAUUUCUACUUCAAAGAAAGUCAGAAUUGUGGCUUGUUUCUGGUUACAGGGCAGGAGGACUUAUCCAUGACCUUACAGACUCAGGUCAGAUUGACCAGAUCAGGAAAUAACAGCUUCCAAGCCAGUCUUCUUAUGAAACUCAACCGCCCAAGACUUUUGGCAGCCAGGAGAGUGAACAGUGAUGUAAGGAAGGGAGACUAUUUUUGGAGCUUUUUGAAAUAGUUCAUACUGAGUUCAGGAUUUUUCUCCCUUAAAAAAAAAAAAAAAAAAAAGGACCACCUACUGGUUAUGAAUUCAGUAUGUUAAGGGUAUUAUUCAAACCAAGGCAAAUUCUUUGUUUUUUUUGGCAAAGCUUUUGAUUAGCUCAAAUAAAAUCAAGUUGAAGAUUAUGUCUAAAUCACUUUUACUUGACUUUUAUACAUAGACUUAAUUGAAUGCAGAAAAUAAAAUAAAAAAUUGGAGAAGAGUAGAGCAUGUCUUUUUCCCAUUGACUAGUAACAGAUGUCAAUGGGCUAUAAGAAAUCAAAAUGUGAGGUUACGAAAUGAUAUUUUUAAAUUUUUACCCUCUGAUUAUGUAAUCUGAAUAUGCAUGUGUAUUCAAGACUGUUCUAAAAUCUCAAAAAGUUACAUGCAGCCAGUGAUUGAAGCUACUUUUAAAUGAGCAUAUUUUAAUAUAGAUUUGUGACUCAUUGACAAAUUGUAGUUCAGUAAUAUAUGGAACUGUGACUGCUUAUGAAUUAUUAGUGAAGUCUCCAAUUUAAGUGCAUUUGAAUAAGUUUGAUUUUCACCAAAUUAAUUCAAAAUAGGAAGUUUUUGAAAGCUUAAACUAUGCCACAAAUAUAAGUUAAAGACCUUAUGUGCAUCUGACCACAUACUGUGAUUUUUUUGUAUGUAAUUUUUGUUUUUAUGUCAAAAGUAUGUAACACAUCUAUUUGGAGGUCUUAAUAUAUAAGUUAAGAUUAGGCUGAUUUAAUUUUUAUGCAAGUCAGUGUAUAUAUGGUUAAAUCUUUAAGAGAAAACAAAAUGAGCAAAGAAAUUUCCCAAACCUCAUGGUCAGUCUUCCGAAACCAAAUGGACAGAGCAGCAGUGCCCCUGCCUUUUGCUCCUGAGUGACUGAAAAGUAAUAUUCCAGUAUUUCUCAUUAUUCCCUAUUUUAGUAUCAUACCCAUAUAAGUCUACUCUUUCACUAUUUAGCUUUAGAUAGAUGUAUAAUUUCAUGGCUUUGGUUGCUAAUAUAUUUCAUUCUGAAAUUUGAAAUUAUGCCAAAUGAAUUGCAUUUUUCCAUGUAAUGCACUUUCCAUUAUGAAAGAAUGCUUUGAUAUGUCAUUAUUUCAGGAAGUACAUCUAAAUUUGUUGUGUUCAUCUUAAUGUGAAUUUUAUACAUUUAAUUUUAUAUCUCACAUGAAUUGAAUAUAUUUUCCAUAUUGCACUUAGUUUGUUAAUUUCAAUGUUAUGUAUCCACAAUAUUUUUUAUUUUGCAUGUAUGUUUCAAAAUGUUUACAAUGUAUGAGCUUAAUUGGUAGCUGCUCGGCAGGGUUUUUGUUGUGAUGUAUCCACUGCUCUUAUAAAAUAUGAUGUGCA